UAAACUCCCUCUAAAGGAUCUUGUCGACGGCUGCGCCUUGAGGUUGAAAUAGGGAAAUUAAGUUUCUGUCACUACUGUUAUAUGCAGCGAAGGGCUUUUUUUACUUUUUAAUGGAAAUGCUUUGUGAGCGGUAUUUAUACCGUAUAAUUGUUUACAUAAUUAUAUGUUCUCGCUGUCGUAUUUUGUCUUUUUACAACGGGCAAAAGCACCAGCUACUGUAUCGCAACGGUGACAGAGCGACUUGAUCAGCCAACCCGGUGUUUUGUGUGCAACUGCUACAUCAACUGCUCGUUCGGACUGCUUUGUUGGCAUAUAAUCCACGUGCGCCGAGAAGAAGAUCUGAAUCUGUUUUCGGAAACACGUAUGAGUGAGAUGAAUAUCUUGGUAUACGGCGAAAUUUAAAUACUUACAAUUGUUAGAGGCCCCUCUGGAUGAACUGGAAGCAAUGUCGCGGUAUCAUCCUUUAUUAACGGAUUCCAGUCAAAUCAGCUAUCGUAACACUGUCGCUGUCCGCAACCUCGACGACACUUGGUGGCUGGGAUACAUUCAGAAUAUAGAAGGCAACCGCGCCUUCGUCCAUUUUGACUGUAAGACGGUCGAAGCUCGCUGGAUGCCCAUGAAAGACGUCUGGCCUCUGCCAUCCUACUGGGACACCGUGGUUUCCAGUGAAGGUUACAUUAACAUUCCCAUAUUUGCGGCACUGCGUGAUAACGAUAAAGGACCGCUUCGCUUCCGACCAGCCGUUAUGAUAAACCGACUCUUGGCGUGUAAUGUGGAGUGCGAAAUGUUUUGCAUCAGAACCGACGGUUGUAGUUCUCGUUUCGAGGUGGUCCACAAAGACCAAGUGGCCACUGAGCUUCCGCCCAGUCCACCCCGUCAAGGCUGGGGUCUGUUGUAUACCAAGCACUUCGUCCCGUUCGGCCAAGCGAUAGCCGUUCUUAGCGACCCGUCCGAUAAGUUUCGCAUCAUCAAGCAUGUUCGCGACGCCAUUGAAGCUAGGAUGGAAUUAACUCGUACAUAUAUUAGAAACUGCUGCCGAUUUCAUCUACGCAUCGAAUCUGAACGUUGCAUGUUUAUCGUUAUCAGUCGCGACAACGGCGCGGAAUCGACGUACUGGUCUGAAACCCUGCUAAAAAUUCUGGAAACUCAUCUAGCCGGUCGGAAUAAUUUACCGCCCAUCCAUAAGCCAGCACUAGUACUUCAAGCGAGUGCAAACAUAUCUUACGAAGCCGAAGGCGGAGUUGAUGCAUUGAUGCCGAAUCAUUUGACGCCUUCGUUGGUGAGUGACAUCUUGUCCCAUUUGGAUCUGCACUCGCAAAUGAAAGCAAAACGGGUGUGUGCCUUAUGGGAAUUGCUGCUUAGCAAUUCUAGGAUGAAGGAGCAUGUCAGCAUCUCUUUCGAAAGCUGCUGGAACCUCAAAAUGGACACCGAUAACUGCUUCAAAGCGGCCUCUCUCCUCAGCCGCUCAAUCAGCUCAACGACCAUCAGUCUCACUUUGUUGAGAGUCUUCCCGCCAAUCUACAUUCACUCUGAAUUUAUAGGCGCGAUGUUCGAUGCCAUUAAAAUUAAGCUGCCUUUGCUGGUACUCAAAGACCAUAAUGAGGUCGCACCAGAAUGUUUUGGACAAAAACGAUCGUAUUUAAAGCAUGGGGCAGCGUGGAAUAUGACGCUGUAUAAGCAUACAUGCGACUCCGUCGUACUACGCAACUGGACAGUAUCCGAUCUGUUCGGUCGACACAUGUUCAAAGUCUUUGUGAUCCAGAGCACGCUACCUGACGGCGUUUACCUGCCAGAGCAUGAGCAGAAGUGGAUGGUACCCUACAAGUGGCAGCCCGAACAUAUGACCAGCAUAGACAAACUGCAAAUUACCAUUCCGAAGCUCCUUCUUCCCUGUAGCGAAGGCAAGUUGCGCAUGACCAGUCGCGUGAUGUGCGCUCUGAAUGACAACUUUCCGCUGGUCACGGAGGAGAUGCUAAUAAAGGUCACGGCUGUUCAUGCGCGGUGGCUGCGGACUCUGGUCUAUCCCGAGGACUGGCGGACCAUUCGCCACUACCUAAUGCUCCGAUACUGGUGCUGUUCCCAUGACGGAGGCCGCGUUUCCGCGUUGGAUUUCUAUGCUGAUGCGUUGGCGCAGAUACUCCGUCGCCCGUACCUCGCCUGUUUCCAGUUGUAUCAUCUUCCCGACUUCGGUGACCAAACGAGAGGCGUCCGGUCCGACUGGUCCGAGUGUUUCGACGCCUACUGCACGGAACAAGUAAUCUCGGGUUCAGCGGGUUUCACUCGGAUGGAAGUCCAAAAGAGUGGGACGAGGUUGAUCUGAGGGUUGUGGAUGUAUCCACAUGGAGCAAACUAGCCAUAUACGGGAUAAACGAGAUGUUCCGAGUGUAAUUAAACAUGCACAGAGUAGCAACAUUAUCGAUCUUGUUUGGAAUGAUUUUUCCCGGCAUCGCUACCAGUAUAGCACCAGCAGCAGCAGAUCCCGGGUAACAAGAAACGGAAACCUUGAGGGGAGUUUUCUGCGCGUAUCGCUGCCAAGUGCCAAUGGUUCAUUUUCGGUCUACAGUAUUUAAAGGCAACACUGAUUGGACAAUUGAUGUCUUUCUUUCUGGGUUCUGAGCUGUGGAAACAUCCUGUGUGCCUGUUUAACGGUUCCUUACUUAAUGCUUCUUAUUUUCCUACGGAUCACUUAGCUUUUGACAACGUUUAAAUGUCUCAAAUGAAUUUAUUAUGAAGUAGUGUCACCGCGCUUGCGAAUUUUCAUUUUGGUGGCUAUUGCGUGUUAAACUUCUCUGUUUCGAUAUCGAUACGCAGUACGUACUCGUAACAACUAACAAUAUCUGAUACAAUAUCUGAUAUGUAACAAUAUCUGUAGAUCAUGAGUGCAGA